GGAAGGAGGGACAUCACGUCUCACCCUCACAGUACACGUCAUCGCAUAGUGCAUCACGUGGCCCGGAAGCGUUCGCGUCGGCGGGCGGCCACAAGCAGAGGCGUCUCAGUUUGCGGGGUGACGGCGAGUGGCUUUCCAGGAUUUCGGGGGCUCACCGAGUCCUCCUGCUCAAGGAGGCGGCGGCCGCUGCCACGAAUUUCAUGACGCCGCGUGGGCAGUUUUUGCUUCAAGCAUGCCAGUCUGAGUGCCAGAGAUGUACCCACCGGCCAGAAAGGAGUUCAUCUCUCUGACCCUGCCAGAGCAGGACCCUCGUAGCUACAACAACAACAAGAGCUGGCGAAAGCAGUCCUGCUGGCGGAAAUGGAAGCAGCUGUCACGGCUCCAGCGCAGUCUCAUCCUCUUGCUGGUCGCCUUCCUCCUCAUUUGUGGCAUUGCCACCUAUCCGAACCUGUCUGAGCAGUGGAAAGCUCUGACUGAGACGUCCCCAGAUGAGGGGGGGAGGCCAGUUGCCCCCCGAAAAGCGGAGAAGAGACUGGAAGUGGAGCGCACCGCAUCCCGGCAACUGGGGAAGAAACGGGGUCCUCCGAGCCUGAAGCUCCAGAAGAAGGAAAACGUAUCCGAAGUGCAGGCGGGCGACGGCCUUCCUGUCCACAGCUGGCGGGGAGCGAUGAUCGAGGCCGACCAGGUGACCGAAGCGCCGCCCUCGGCCGCCGAGAUCGAGGUGGUGCCAGUGCAGGUGCCAGGAAAGCUGACGGACCGCCAGCGGGCCGUGACCGAAGCCUUCCGCCACGCCUGGGGGGGCUACAAGGAGUUUGCCUGGGGCCACGACGAGCUGAAGCCCAUCUCCAAGUCCUACAGCGAGUGGUUUGGCCUGGGGCUGACCCUCAUCGACGCCCUGGACACCAUGUGGAUUCUGGGCCUCAAAGAAGAGUUUGAGGAUGCCCGCCAGUGGGUGUCGACGGAGCUCUCGUUUGCCAAGAAUGUGGACGUCAACUUGUUUGAGAGCACAAUCCGCAUCCUCGGUGGUCUGCUGAGCACCUUCCACCUGACGGGGGACGGCCUGUUCCUGGAGAAAGCCAAAGAUAUUGGCAGCAGGUUGAUGCCAGCCUUCAAUACCCCUUCCAAAAUCCCAUAUUCGGACGUAAACAUUGGACGUGGCACUGCCCACCCACCACGGUGGACGUCGGACAGCACAGUGGCUGAGGUGACCAGCAUCCAGCUGGAAUUUCGAGAUCUGAGCCGGCUCACGGGAGACAUGAAGUACCAGACGGCCGUAGAUGACGUCAUGAAGCACAUCCACUCGCUGGGAGGGAAGCACGACGGCUUGGUGCCCAUGUUCAUCAACACCAACAACGGGCAGUUCAGCCACCUGGGAGUGUUCACCCUGGGUGCCCGUGCCGACAGCUACUACGAGUACCUGCUGAAGCAGUGGAUCCAAGGCGGCAAGAAGGAGAGCGAGUUGCUUGAGGACUACCUGCAGGCCAUCGAGGGUGUCAAGAAGAACCUGCUGCGCAAGUCGGAGCCCAAGAAGCUGACCUUCGUGGGUGAACUGGCACACAACAACUUCAGCCCCAAGAUGGAUCACCUGGUGUGUUUUUUGCCAGGGACCCUGGCGCUUGGGGCACACCAUGGCCUGGCACCCGAUCACAUGGAGCUGGCAAAGGCUCUGAUGGAGACCUGCUACCAAAUGUAUGCCCAGACGGAGACGGGCCUGAGCCCCGAAAUUGUCCACUUCAACCUGUUCCCACGCCAGGGAAAGGACAUCGAGAUCAAGCCCGCUGACAAGCACAACCUGCUGCGCCCCGAGACGGUCGAGAGCCUCUUCUACCUUCACCGCCUGACGGGCGACAAGAAGUACCAGGACUGGGGCUGGCACAUCUUCAACAGCUUCAUCAAGUAUACCAAGGUGUCAUCGGGCGGCUUUACCUCCAUCAACAAUGUGGACAGCGCGUCCAACCCGGACCCCCGCGACAAGAUGGAGAGCUUCUUCCUGGGCGAGACCCUCAAGUACUUCUUCCUCUUGUUUUCGGAGGACUUCAGCCUGGUGGACCUCGACCGGUUUGUGUUCAACACGGAGGCACACCCCCUGCCAAUCUGGCCCACUGCGUAGAGGGCAGCGGGGGGACACCUUGGACCUCUCGUUGUAAUGGUCAGCCGGUCUGCCUCCUCCUAGUUCCUUUGCCCUGAAGAAGCUGGCACGGCAGUGAUCCUCUUGUUGCCCACUGUGCGGGCGUAGUGGCAGCAGGGGUGCCAACUACUGCAAGGACUGCCACCGUCCAGGACUUGGCGGGGCGGUCAGCAUCUCAACUGUGAAUGACCACUGCACAAUCCUGAGAGUGAGUCUCCUCUUUGUCUGGACGAGGCACUGCCAGUGGGACCCGCAAAGCUCUCGCCAGUGCCCCACUACAUUCCCAUGAUGCCUCUGUGCUUCAGUCUACUGUGAGUUUUGUGAUUAGUGACUGGCAUGGCUGCACCCGCACUCCUAUGCCACCCAAUAAUGAAAUGUAAAUAAAUUUUU